GAUACUCCAAAGCUGUUCCAGGAAUCCCUACUUCAUAUGCUGCUGUCUUAAGGCUCAAGUCUGCCAGCUCGUCAUACUCCUCAUCGGCCAUUAACUCGAAGAGCAGGCAACGAUCAAGCAGCCCUGCUUUGGGAAGCAUCUCUUCGCCAAGCUGGCAAGGGGCACCACAACAUUAUCACUCGCCGACAAACCUCUAUCACUUUGCAGAGGCCUUCAAGCAUGAUG